AUUCAUCUGCUAAGUUCGAAACAUGUGUUUGGCGCUGCUCCAAAUAUAGUUUGUUUUACUUGAGUGUUUUAUCAGUAAGGGGAACUAGAAUCAUGUUUUGUGGCCAGCCCUAUAUUUAACAAGUCGUAAGCGAAACUUUGUACUUCGCCACCAUAAGAAAGUGUGCAGACUGCAGCUUUGAAACUUAGCUUCAUUUGCCCUAAAGUGAUUUUCUCCUUUUGUGGCAAGCAUGACGUAAACUACAGCCAAAAUGGGGUCAUGAGAAAAACCUGGUUUAAUUUCCGGCAACUUUGUAUCCUGGCGCAACCAAAGAAGCUAACGCUAUUUGCCACGCACUUCAGAAUGGAAAGUAUGGCUGGCACUUCAGGACUUGCCGCACGAACUUCUCAAACAACGAUUUGAGUGGCGUACUCCGAAUUCGCUACACUUACAGCUAAAUACAGAAGGGUCUAAAUUACCAGUUUCGUUAAUUCAGUGGGUCUGCUUAUUUAGCAAGCUUCCUGAAAAAUGGAGAAUUUUAAAGUCACUUCCAGUGAAAAGACAAAGGCUGCUCAUGAGUCGCUAAAAAGGGAAAUAUAUGAAUUAAAAAAUGAGAUUGAAGAAGUGGAAAUGAUGUAUGGAAAAAACUUUCGCCCUAUGAGUUCUGUAUCCCCACCCCUGAGUGCAGAAUAUUUUCGGCGCGAACGCGAAUUAACAGUGGGGAAAAUUCUUCAAGUCAGUCUUGCUCAGCCACUAAAGAACCAAGGUGAAGUUAUGAUGGAAGAAUUAGAAGCAGCUCUUAAAUCUGAUGUUACAGAGAAAAGUCUCCCAUUACUCCUACAUCAGUUCUACAUUGAUCGAGUACAGUCUUUGAUCCAAUGCAAGCAUCUGCAUAUGCUGCGUUGGUGUCGGUUUUGUGAACAUACGGAUACUAUAGAACGUUUGUUUCCAAUAUAUCGCCAGCGAUUGGACCUAAUUGAGGCUGAAUACUCUGACGCAAAAGCUCGCGCCCAGCGACUUUCUGCAGCACAUCAUUCCUUUGUUUUAGGAGAUAAUAAAGCAAUAAAGAGCGUUCAAAUAGAUGAUGUUGUGAUUUUUCUCCGUUGGCUGAUCAGUCAUCUACAUUCCACUAAGAAAGUUUCAUCUUAUAUUAAAGUACUUCAUUGGUUACCAUCCAUACAUAAGAACAGCAUUGAUCUGAACACAGCUCAAAAAUCAGACGUUGAGGUGUCAGGUCCAAUAGCAUUUGAUGCAAAAUCAUCAUGGAGGAACCUGGCAUCUGAAUCAAACUUCUCCUUCCUCUCAAGUCACUCGUCAACUCGACCAAUCUCAACUCGAUCCAACCAAGCGUCUGUCACCACGUCAAAUCUCGCUUUUUCCGGUGAGGUUUAACUUUUUUAGAUGCUGCUUUUGGUAUC